AUGGAUAAGUUUCGUAUGAUGUUCCAGUUUCUCCAGUCCAACCAAGAGUCCUUCAUGAAUGGUAUCUGUGGUAUCAUGGCUCUGGCAAGCGCUCAACUCUACGCAUCUUUUGAGUUCAACUGUCCUUGCAUGCCAGAAUACAACUACGCCUAUGGAAUUGGCAUCCUAGUAGUCCCGGCUAUCUGGUUCUUCCUGCUUGGGUUUGUCCUGAACAACAAUGUAUCCAUGCUAGCCGAGGAAUGGAAGAGGCCGGUGGGCCAGAGAGGCAAGGAUCCCACAAUUCUGCGCUAUAUGUUCAUCUCUAUAUCACAGCGAUCGUUAAUUGCCCCCGCUGUUUGGAUUUCGGUCACGUUGAUGGAUGGGAAGAGCUUCCUCUGUGCAUACAGCAUGGACCUGGACGUGUCGCAGUUUGGCAAUGCCACUGGACACAGGCUGUCAGAAGAGCAGCUCAUAAGGAUGCUUGCCAAAAUCCCAUGCAAGCAUAUAUUCGAUGGACAGCACAUUUUAUCCAGGGAAGCAGCCACCAGGUACAUACGGUGUGCGUCACAGGCGUUUGGUUGGAUGUUCCUGUUGCUCAUCACAAUAACAGCCUUCAUGAUUCGUGCCAUCCGCCCCUGCUUCACCCAGGCAGCUUUCCUCAAGACGAAAUAUUGGUCGCACUAUGUUGACAUCGAGCGCAAGAUGUUCGAUGAGACCUGUGCAGAGCAUGCCAAGAGUUUUGCCAAAAUUUGUAUCCAGCAAUACUUUGAGAGUGUCAGUGGUGAAAUGCAUAGAUUCCACGGUGCGGGCGACAGUGGAAAAAAUGGCAAUGAAGACAAUGAUAAGCAUACAAGUGAGGAAGAUAAACUGCUGGGGAUUCAUGCCCAGGAUGACAUGAAUAAAGUGCUGUGGAACUGGCACACGUGUAAGCCAGCACUGAGCCUUAAGAAAGACGGUCUCAGCACCGAUGCUGACAGGAACUUCGUCGCACAGCAAAAUGACCUGCUCAACAAGGAAGUUAACAAGGAUGGAAGUGUAGGCCAAAAUGGCUUCAAAAUUGGCUACGACAGCACUACUUUUAACAUGGGUCAAAAAGGCUUUGAGCAUGGAUACAAUGAUGCUAAUUUUAGCAUGGCCCAAAGUGGCUUUCCAAAUAGCUAUGUGAAUGGUAAGGCUAACAUGAACCACCAGCACUUUGUGAAUGUGGAUGGCCACCUAUUGAACAGUACCGAAAAGAAAGAAUGGGCUGUAUACUACAGCAAAGUUUGA